ACCCCCCUUAAUAUCUGACAAAAAAACUAGCAUAUUUUGUGAACACCCACACCCACAUUUUCGUGUCUCUAAAACAAGCCAUGGAUUUUUCUUUGAUACAAACCAUGGAACCAUUGCCUAUGGCCCUUCUUUUCGUUAUACCUUUCCUUCUCUUAUUAGGCCUCAUCUCUCGGCUCCGUCGAAAACCAUUUCCUCCAGGACCCAAAGGGUUGCCAAUUAUCGGCAACAUGAUGAUGAUGGACCAGUUAACUCACCGUGGACUCGCCAAGCUCGCUCACAAAUACGGCGGCAUAUUUCACCUCAAGAUGGGGUUCCUACACAUGGUGGCCAUUUCAAACCCCGAGAUGGCUCGCCAGGUCCUUCAGGUUCAGGACAAUAUAUUCUCCAACAGGCCAGCCACCAUAGCCAUCAGUUACCUGACGUACGAUAGAGCCGAUAUGGCUUUCGCUCAUUACGGGCCGUUCUGGAGGCAGAUGAGGAAGCUCAGCGUCAUGAAGCUUUUCAGUAGGAAAAGAGCCGAGUCAUGGGAGUCGAUACGGGACGAAGUGGACUCGCUUGUGAAAGCUGUUGCAGCCAACACGGGGAAAGCCAUUAAUAUGGGUGAGUUGAUAUUUAACCUUACGAAGAACAUCAUUUACAGGGCAGCUUUUGGUUCUAUCUCCCAAGAAGGGCAAGACGAGUUCAUUAGGAUCUUGCAAGAGUUCUCCAAGCUCUUUGGUGCUUUCAAUAUCGCGGAUUUUAUUCCUUGGCUCGGUUGGGCUGAUCCUCAAGGCCUCAACACACGGCUAGAGAAUGCUCGUUGUGCAUUGGACAAGUUCAUUGACACCAUCAUAGACGAUCACAUCGAGAAGAAGAAAAGGAACGGUGACGGUCCCGAUGAUGGUGACACCGACAUGGUUGAUGAUUUGCUCACUUUUUACAGUGAAGACGCCAAAGUAAACGAAUCAGAAGAUCUACAGAAUUCAAUCAAAUUAACCAGGGACAACAUCAAAGCCAUUAUCAUGGAUGUGAUGUUCGGCGGGACAGAGACGGUGGCAUCGGCGAUCGAGUGGGCCUUGUCGGAGCUAAUGAGAAACCCAGAAGAAAUGAAGAGAGUCCAACAGGAGCUGGCGGAGGUGGUGGGGCUCGACCGCCUUGUGGAAGAAUCCGAUUUCGAUAAACUAACCUACCUGAAGUGCACCCUGAAAGAAACCCUAAGGCUCCACCCUCCGAUCCCCCUCUUGCUCCAUGAAACGGCGGAGGACGCCGUGGUGGCGGGGUACCAAAUCCCGGCGAAGUCACGCGUGAUGAUCAACGCUUGGGCCAUUGGCAGGGACAGAAACUCAUGGGAGGAUCCUGAUAGUUUCAAGCCAUCCAGAUUCUUGAGGGAAGGAGUCCCGGACUUCAAAGGCAGCAACUUCGAGUUCAUCCCGUUCGGGUCGGGCCGCAGGUCGUGUCCGGGUAUGCAACUCGGGUUAUAUGCUCUUGAUAUGGCGGUGGCUCAUUUGCUCCACUGUUUUACGUGGGAAUUGCCUGAUGGAAUGAAACCGAGUGAAUUGGACAUGAGCGAUAUUUUCGGACUCACUGCACCUCGGGCGAACCGACUGUAUGCGGUGCCAAAGAAACGCCUCGUUGGUCCACUCUUUUAAUGGAAAACUCUAAAAAAUCAAAACAAUUCCAUUGAGUCUUGAAUUGCAACUUAUGCAGAGUAAUCCCGAGGAAUGCCGAAGAAGAAGGUGACAGAGGUGGCUUUUACAAGUUGGAAUUUUGUUUUUCUUUUAUCAUCAUCAUAUAAUCAGUAUUAUUAUUACUAUGGGAAAGAUUUUAGAAAAAGGAAAAUGUCCUGUGGAUAAGAUUCUGCUGCUCAUUUGAAUUGUGUUGAAAUUUGUCUAUUAUUUUUGUUCUCAAUAAACAAUGUGAAAAACCAUUUGAUUUGGAUCAAA